UUGUAGCGUUGCUGUUUCAGGUGCCUCCUCCAGUAACUGCCUGCUCUGUUUGUUACUUUCCCCCAGGAGGAAGGUAUGCUGAGGGCUCGGAUCCAAAGAGUUCAGGUUCCCCUGGGUGAGGCGCUGCGACCAAGCCAGCUCCCCCCAUCCCGGCUGCCUCACAUGUGGCAGCUGUCCCAGGGUGAGCAGUACAGGGAUAGUAACUCUCGCGUUUGGGAGAUAGAGCACCAUCUCAUGGUAAGGAUGGUGGCAACAAUAGAACAUAGUCAUUCCUGUUUGUGAAGUCAUUUGAGAUCCUUGAGGGACGGCAAAGGACUGUUACUUUGUUGAAGUCCAUUAGCUCAACCACAGUAACUGUAGACGUAUUGAACUUUUCCUUGUCACUUACAGCUUGAUGGUGUUGAAGAGCUGCUGCUUAAACUCGUGCCUGGGGAUUAAUCUGGAGCAGUGGCUCUAGGAAGAUGCCAUUGUCUGUUUUGUACAAUAAAAGGUUCUCUCUCCACUGAAAUGCAGCCACCUUUGAGGUGGAAGCAGUUAAACAACACACAGCAGCAUCACACAAGAGUUUAGAACAGGCAGUGAAGAAGAGUAUUGUGACGAAAUGAAACGUCAGGGGGAGUUCUAGUUCCUGAACAUGUCCCAGAAGGAUCCCUGCCAGAAACAAGCCUGUGAAAUACAGAAAUGCUUGCAAGCAAACAACUACAUGGAGUCCAAGUGUGAAGCUGCCCUUCAGGAGAUGCGGAAAUGCUGCGCUCGGUUCGCCAGGGGCAGGUCCGUCUGUUGUUCAGGGUUUGAGAGAGAAGAAAGGGAGAGAGAAAAUGCUAAGGUGACUUCAAAAGGAAUUUCCCCACCACCUCAGUAACAUAAUGAAUGGACUCACUUGAAGAGCUCGUGUGUGUUUUUUCAAGCCUUCUUUAGACUUUCAGAAAAGCCAGAUUGCUCCUGGAACACACCGUUCAACACACCAAAAAGCAUUACGCGGUACCAACAUAUGGCCUGGUUAACAAACUUUAUUUUCUGUACGAAAACAUAAUCUAUGUUGCCUCUGCAUCACACCUGUGAAAUGUCAACUUGAUGUUUUUAGGAUGCUUACCUUACUCUAAUCCAUCCUUGCUCUAAAAAUGGAGAAUUGGAACCGAGUUAUUCUGGCUUCUGGAGCAAGAGGUACAGGAAAUGAGCUCAGAAGAGUGAGUUUAAACAUGAAACAAACCCAUCUUGAUACAACAAAGGUAUUGCUGCCGCCGUGCAGUAGUUCCAGACAACAUUUGCCUGUCCAGUGGUUCAAGCUCAAGAAUGGGAAUCAGGUCUGAUGAUUGUUCCUAAGUCUUGUAUAGAUCAUGAGUGACUACAAGUCACUUUGCCUAAGUGCCUCACUUUUCCACUGGACAGAGUUGUUUAUUUUAUAUUUGAAUUGCCUACACGCUGCUAUUUGCAUGAUAAAAAUGUUACAGGAAUAUAAUUUCAGGGAUUGCUACAGGGAUAGGAUAUUUUUUUAAAAAAGCAAUAGUCAUUUGAAAGAUUUGACUGUUGAUAACAAAAUUUAUAAAUUUAUGUCUAAUUGAACACCUUUAAGCAAUAUGCUUUGAAUCCAAGUCUAGUUAAAACUGCUGAUACCCAAAGGCCUGUCACAGAGCCCUGGGCUAGAUCCAAGAACUGACUUAGGUGCUGCUUACUGAACAAGCAGUUGUAGGCAGUUAUUUUCCACACAACAUUCCAGACUCACUCCCAAACCGGCUGUGUCUGGGCCCUAGGAGAGAUGGCUUUCCAGAAGCUCUCGGCCAUGCAGCAGAAUUUCCUGUGCCCUGUAGGAAGAGCUCAUAGACAGGUUCCUGCACCACCCUUCAGAGCUGCCUGUCUUGCUGUCCCCUGUAGCAGGAGUCCAGGCACCCAAAUAUCAGGCUCCCAACCCACUAGCCCUAACUCUGUAUUAGAUCUAGCCGUAAAGGACUUUUGUGCUGUGAUCAAGUACAACUUAUGAAAUAGAGCUUCUAUAAACCACUGAGAUCUAGGCACAAUAGGUGUGUGUACUGAAGCCUAGAAGAGCAAACCAUCUGUAUUCACUGCUCUGAAAUACCAUGGUACAAAAUAAACGACUGGAACAAAC